AUGUAUAACGAUAAAUGUCAAUCAACAAUUUUAAAACAAAAUAAAUUAAAAACAAAUAUUAAUAUAUCCUUUCCCUCAUCUAACGCCGCUUUAUUUAAUGCUCAUUUCGGUUUACCUUGUCCAGAAAUGGAAACAAUUAAUGGAACUUUAUUAUUUAGAUACAUGAUGAAUGUUAGUUUUGAAGAUGAAUUUCAACAAGAAAUAUCGUUUGAUGAGAGUGGAGACCCUCCUGCUUGGUAUGAUAUUCUAAAUUAUGUUGGUUAUGAUGGUUUUCGAAAGGCUGGGGAUUGGAAAAAAGGAGUUGCUGGAACUUUCAAAGAAGAAAUGGGUGCUGGCAUUAAAAGUUCUGUUGCACAUAAAUUAAAAAUGAAAAAUCGAGAAUUAAUGUUUUAUGACAAAACAUCAAAAAUGCCUGAACAAACAACAGCUUGUUGCUGGAUUUGUGAAUCUUGUGCUGAAGGCGAAAUUGUUAGAAAUAAUCUUUGUCAAAAAUGUCCCUUCGGGGAAUGGCCUGAUUCCGAAAACAGAACAAUUUGUCUUCGUUUACAACACGAAUAUCUGGAAAUAACGGCUUCAAUUGCCCCAAUGAUUGCUAUUGCUUUUGCUACUUUAGGAAUUAUUUGUGCAUCCUUAGUUAUUUUAUUGUUUCUCUUACAUAAUUCCACACCUGUUGUUAAAGCAACAACAAGAGAACUUUCUUAUAUAAUUCUUGGAGGAAUUGUUGCUGGGUAUUUAUGUAGUUUUGCAUUAUUAGCUAGGCCAUCAUUUAUUGCCUGUUUCUUUUCUCGAACACUUCCACCUAUAGCUUUUGCUAGUAUUUAUUCAGCACUUUUUACAAAAACGAAUAGAAUUGCAAGAAUUUUGGCUGGAAGUAAAAAAAGAAUUUUAACUAAAAAGCCAAGAUUUUUGAGUACUUUUAGUCAAGUAUUAAUUACUUGGACAUUAGUUGGUAUUCAAUGCAUUAUUGUUGCUAUUGGACUUGUAAAGGAAUUCCCAAAAGCGAAGAAGAAUGGUUCUUACUUGUGCAAUUUCCACAAUGGCAUUUAUGGCACCUUUUGCUUGGAAUUUUAUUCUUGUAUUCUAAAAAUAUUAAAAAAAAUAUUUUUUAUUUUUUAUGUUUUAUUCUGCACUUUAUAUGCAUUCAAAACGAGAAACUUACCCGAAAAUUUUAAUGAAGCAAAAUUUAUAGGAUUUACUAUGUAUUGUACUUUAGUAACUUGGUGUGCAUUUGUUGUGCUCUACGUUAACUCCCUUAAUAAAGCCCUCACUGCCAGCUUUACAUUUUCUCUAUCAGCUUCAAUAGCUUUAUCUUUACUUUUUUUCCCCAAAUGUUUUAUAAUUUUAUUAAGACCAGAAAAAAAUGUUAGAUCAUCAUAUACAACAACAAAACUUAUUCGGUGCCAUUUUGGUAAUGCUCCAAGUACUUUUACUGACAGCAAACAUGGAAUUUCUUUUCUUUCAAAAACAAGAAAUAGUUCACAGUCAUUAUCAAUUGGGGCAGGUUCUUGUCCAACAAGAACAGCUUCUUUACAUGUUGUUAAUCAAAAUAAUAUUAUUAGUGGUGGAGGAGGGGGAGGAAUUUCAAAUUUAUCUGGAAGUUAUUCUAUUGGAAAUCAGGCAACAAAAUUUUUUAGUUUUAUAAAAAUUAGGAGAGGAAUACAUAUAUUUAAUUGAAUCAAAGUAGGGCUAAUAGUUCUUAAUAAUUCUGCAGAUAUCCAGAACAUAAUAGAAGAACCGAAUCGGAAGAUUCUUAGUUUUUUUAUCGGUUCCGAACCGACAAUGCUAUUAG